GCCGCGCCUCUCGGCACUCGACACCUAUACAAUCCCUGUGCGUACAAGUGUCCAAAAAACCGAACUCUUCCCGUGGGAUCCAAAAGCGAACGUCUUUUCGGUGGUGUCUGCGAUGACCGGAGUUCAUCCUCCAGCUAAAGACAUUGUUGGUCGCGGCGGUUAGAAGAAACGACGAUGACGAUCGGCCCAAGAUCGGUCGUAAGGUCGGAACUCGAAGGCGGAUUGUCUGGCCCAGCCAAUCCCAUUCCGAGUGAGUCGAUAGAUUGUGGAUGUUCGGGACUCAGACUCCCAAAAUUAGCCAGAUGGGCCACCAGGGCGACUUUUCUUGCACUGAUUUGUUGCAUCGGGGCGACCCAAGCGGCCGCCAUGGCCUAUUGGGUGGCCACCAGCAACACCAUCGCCAGGAGGUUUCGCUUCCAUCCGACGCUCAUGGACUGGAUUGUUCCUUUAGCCCAAAUAUCUCCUUUGAUUUUGGGAUUGCCGAUAGCUUAUUGGGGUGACAGGAUUCACAGAGCAGCUUGGACUGGGGGCCUCGUUCUUCUGCAAAGCACCGGUUAUCUGUCUCUUCUAGUGCCACACUUUACUCAUCGCCUUAAAUUCGUGGAGGAAACCGAAAAUGUGACUCACAUGUCUCUCUAUUCCGAAGACAGUCCAGAAUUGUGUCUAAGUGGGACCCCAAGAAGUAUAAUAGAACAGGAAGAGCCGUGUUACUUCACCCUUGGAAUUUUAAUUGUCAUCCAGAUUCUCGUUGGAGUGGGAAACAUCGCUUUUUACGCUCUAGGGAUUUCAUAUCUGGAUGAUAACACCAAAGGAAGACACGCGCCUGCAUUGUACGGUCUUCUUCUAGCUACAAGGAUAAUCGGCAUCCUCCCAGGAUACAUCCUAGCUUGGGGAUGUCUUAGAGUGGAUGCUGAAAACUUGAACAUUGUUGAAUCUUAUCAAGAACAAAUCGGUGGUUGGUGGAUCGGUUGGCCGAUUUUGGCGACUCUUCUAUCAAUUCCUGGACUAUUGUUGGCGAUGUUUCCGAGAAGACUGCCCUCUGAGGUCGUCCAGCAAGCUGCAGAAUCCAUCCUGGACCUCAACGGGAGAACAAGUAGAUCUUCUCGCUGUCCCUCAGACCGAAAAAUCGCUGGAAGUCCGGAUUUCUUUCCGUCAUUUCUACGUCUCGUCACGAACAAAAUCGUCGUCUGCAGCAUCCUCGGCAGCGCAAUUUGUGCUACAGCAGUGAUUAAUUUCUGGGCGAACGAAGACAUCUUCCUCGAAUCGAGAUUUUACGUCCCGAGGCCGACUGGGAUGCUGGCAGGAUUUGGCGAUCCAUGGACCUCUCGACUGAUUACGACGUCUUUGCGACCGUUUAUAAUGGGUCUCGUCGCUAUUGUCUCCGGUUUGGUAAUCGCCAGGUCUCGACCAAAUGCAAAGUAUAUUGCUGGAUACAACGUAGCUGCCAUUGUAUUGACAGCAAUAGUGUUCUUAUCUCUGUCAUUUACAACAUGCGAAAAAGCGUCGAUUGUCGGGGAAAGAAGAGGCUCCCUAAACUUGUUGAAGUACUGCAACAAAGAUUGUCGUUGUUCGGGGGAUGCCGAUUUCCGACCAGUGUGCGACAACAGAGGUACACGAACAUUCUACACGGCUUGUCAUGCCGGUUGUAAAAGCAGCGAGUACAUUGACAGUGUCAAAAUCUAUAAUGGGUGUUCCUGCGUGGAAGAGGUGACAGGCCUGGGGAACAAUAAAGCGAGAGAAGGAGCUUGUGUGUCCAACAGUUGUCAAAUUGGCUGGUUGGUCUUCGAGGUCGUGAGCACCUUGGGGUAUUCUCUCGUGAUCUCCACGUUAAUUGGAACUCUACUGAUCGUCCUUAGAAGUAUCAACGUCCAGGAUAAGGCUUUAACAAUUGGUCUCUGGAUGGGCUGCGUCGGCAUUUUCGUUCACGUUUUUGGAAAGAUUGGAUACCAGAGCAUUGCUGAUCUGACUUGUCAACAUUGGGGCAAACAGCGAUCUACUUGUCACCUACAUGACACCGAUACUCUCGGGAGUUAUAUCAGCUAUACGAGUGCCGGUCUUAUGAUUGUUGGGGCCAUUUUUCAGGGCCUAGUUUGUCUAUUCAGCAGAGGUCUCAAGAUGUACGAUGGAGAUAAUUCUACAACGAACCUCGACGAAUCAGCUACGGCUAAUCCGGCUCCUUUGACUCGGGCAAUUGAACCUGAGGAGGGGACAAAUGAUGACAUGAGCCAGGAUGAGGAAGCUGUAGCUGGGACUUCAGGGUUGCAAAAAGAGGAACCACUGAUAGAACAGAAUACGCUUCAGCAAUCCUCAGUCCCUGAAGAAACUUCAGACAGGAUUUUGAAGUACGGUCCUUUGGGCCCAGGGGAUCGUAGAACGACUUCGGAUUCCUCGAAACAUCUUCAAGAUGUUCCGGGAGCUUCAUACAAAGGUAAAAAUUCCGAGGACGAGCUGAGCUCCAGCGACGAAGACAGCAACGCCCCGAAGAAGGGAUCGACUUCGAAAAUCGCUUACAGUCCUCUGGUUUUGGACUCGGAUGCUGAAAGCGAUUUGGGGGAGGAACCACGAUCACGCAAGGCCAUCCUCGGGAAGAACUUAGAAUCACCGUACAGACCGGAUACGUCUCGAAGGACGCCAAUGAUUUAUCGGAAAUUCCCAGACCCUGACCAUUACGGGGAUCCCAGAUCAUCCAGAAACGAAGUACCAAGGAAGCUGAGUCCUUUGUCGCUGGCCAAGGACUCCAGGGAUAAAAAGCCGAGAGGGGAUUUCAACGAAGUCGGCAUCCCUUUGAUACCCUUACCGGGAUUGGCGAAUCUUAGAAGCACGGAUUCGCUUUUUCCCCAUCCUGGAAGGUUCAGGAUCCGCCAUGUACCUGAGGGGAAUUCUUUAGGAGCAGCACAUCCUGGCGAUGAAGUGGCGAUAGGGAAUUCUCGGGACAAGUUGUCGGGUUCAGCUUCUAAUCUGGCUAAUGCUGGAUCUGUAUUGAGGCCACCUUCGAGGGAUCAAGCUUCCUCAGGGUUCGGAAGUCUUCCCGAUGUCCUGGGCAGACCAGCUUCGGCAUCUCCUGCAGGUUUCUCCAAAUCGAAGGAGAGCUUAAAUUCCCAGUCUUCACCUUCUGGCAGGAGGUUGGUGGCGAAAGUGUUGAACACGGACUUGUAGUUAGCUCUUUCCUUGGCUGGGAAGAUUCAGGACCCGCCAUGUAUCGGAUUGGGAUUCUUCAGGAUCAACGCGUCCUGGGGAUGAAGUCGGAUUAGGAAACUGUCAGGAUAAGCUGUCGGGCUCUGCAUCGAAUCUAGCAAUUGCUGAACCACCUUCUAGGGCUUGGAAAGUGAUGGCUCAAGGUUUGGAAGUCUUCCUGAUAUCCUGGGCAGACCAGCUUCGGCAUCUUCUGCAGGCUUUUCCAAACUAAAGGAGAGUUUGAAUUCCCAGUCUUCGCCUUAUGGCAGGGUCAGAAAGAGCUUCCUCAGGGUUUCGAGGUCGAAGAAGAGCUUCAAUUCUCAGUCUUCACCUUCUGGCAG